AGCGACUUGGGAAGUAGGGAGGGUCCUUCGGGACAUCCGGUAAAAUUGGAACGAUACAGAGAAGGAUAAAUUAGCAAAUGGCCCCUGCGCAAGGAUGACACGCAUAAAUCGAGAAAGUAGGGAGGAGAGUCGGAGAAGCUGAAGAGCGGCUUGGAAAGUAGGGAGGAGAGUGGGAGAAGCUGAUAGGAGAGCGGGGCAGAUAGGAGACUCUGAGUGAAUGAGGCGGAAGGACCUUCAUGUAAGACGUUCCGCAAAAUCUACUUCUCUAUGGGUAAAGAAGAGAGAUAGGGAACCGACUGUUCGGUUGAUCUCCUCGACUGGCAAGUGAUUGUGAGAACCAAAGGAAGUAAGCAAGAAAGGUGUGUAGGGUAGCGAGCAAUAAAGAAUAGGAAGGGAGGGAGGAAAGAAGAGAAGAGAAGAGAGGACGUCCCAGGCUCUGUGAAGAUGGAUGACUUCGUGUGCGUGAUCGAUUCAUUCCGGAAGAUGCAAAUGACUGAGUCAGAGUGCUAUUUGAAUGCUCUGAGCAAGCUUCUGGGCUACAUGAUAGUUGUCUUCUCCGCCGUACUGAAGCUCCCACAGAUACUCAUUAUUUUGAAGAACAACAGCAUUGAGGGACUGAGUAUUGCAUCUUUUGAGCUGGAGACAGUGGGCUUCACUAUAGCUCUAUCGUAUAUAUUGACAAAGAAUCUCCCCUUCAGUGCCUAUGGGGAGUUGGUGUUCCUUCUUAUACAAGCCCUUGGGCUUAACGUACUCAUCUACAGCUACCUGCCAAGCAUUGAGCGGAGCACGGUUUUGAAGGGGGCUCUAUAUUCGUUGAUUGCACCAACGAUUUUGGCAGGCAAACUCGAUCCGAUCUCCUUUGAGAUUCUUUAUGCUUCAUCACACGUGAUUUUCAUUGGUUCACGGCUGCCGCAAAUCUGGGAGAACUUUAAGUCCAAAAGCACAGGCCAAUUGAGCUUUUUGACAAAUUUGAUGAACACAGUCGGUUGCAUAGUGCGAACAUUCACAACGAUUCAAGAGAAGGGACCCAUCAGCAUGGCUAUGGGAUCCGUCUUCGGAAUCAUUACAAAUGGCAUCAUUCUGCUUCAGAUAAUUAUCUACAGCAGAGCUCAGACGAAGGAGGACGAGGACGAGAAGAAAAAGAAAAAGUAGCGAAUGUUUAUUCAGACGGUCAGAGGAAAAUGAUGGGAUGGUGUUUUCUUGAAAAUGCGGGAUGUGAAUUUUUUAGCAGCGCCUGCAGGGUUUCAUAGUCGGCAUUCUUUGUUGCUUACCGAGCAGUUGGUUUCUUGCUUGGCCAGUCUUUUCGUGCUUUCGGAAGACUGCAAUGCCAACUGUUCUUUGGAAAACACUCCUUGCGGUGGGGGUUUCUUUCAGCAAGAUGCGAGCAGGGCAUGUCUACCCAGCACACCAAGACAAGAGCAGGGGAUGUCCAUCCACCACACCAAGAAGAUGCAACCAUCCAGUAGGGUUAAAUAGAACAGUAUAUAGUGGCAGUCAAGUAGGUCAGGCAUUUGUUUUCUUUAUUUUAUUUUUAAACAGAUGAAGAGAAGGAGAAAAGGGAGUGGUAAAAGUAUAUGCCAAAGGGAGAGAGAGAGAGAGAGAGAGAGAGAGAGAGAGAGAGAGAGAGAGAGAGAGAGAGAGAGAGAGAGAUUGAUGGGGACGGAAAUCAUGCUCGUGUAUGGAUGGGAUAGCCGUGGCAGAGAAAUAUAAUAGAGGAGGAAAUAUAAUACUGUUCUAUUUAGAAGUAAAACACAGGCUGAGGUGGACGAAGACUGCAGAGAAAUGGUAGAGCCCUAGUAGAUAUAGUAGACAUCUCAUUGGCUAGGUGAGGGCAUGAUAACAGGAAGAAGAUGUAGUAGCAAUAGGAAUCCCUAGGGAGGGAUAGGGAAAGCAAGGGGUGGAGGAAGAAGAUGUAGUAGCAAGAGGACUCCCUAGGGAGGGAUAGGGAAAGCGAGGGGUGGGUGGGAGAGAGAGGCUGGGAGGGAGAAAACAGGGAAAGAGAAGUGACUAGAAGAUAGCUUCAGCUUGCAUAGCAGGAAAGCAGGGAGAAAGAAUUUGAGGGUGCCAAGGACGGAUAAAUCUAUCUGAUAGACAGAAGAGGAAUGCAUAGCAGGAAAGCAGGGAGAAAUAAUUUGAGGGUGCCAAGGACGGAUAAAUCUAUCUGAUAGACAGAAGAGGAACAAAGGGGAAGGGGAAGGAUGGAGACAGGGAGUGGAGUGGGUGAAGAAGAGGAUGGGGAGGGAAUUCAUAGGAGAGUUAUGAAGGAGAUAUCGGGACUCCAAUGAUCAGAUAGAGAGAAGGGUGAAGUAGCAACAAGCAAAUGAAGAGGGGGGGAAUCA